GAUGAUGAAGAAGAAAGCAAGUUGUCUUAUACAGAAAUUUAUCAGGAGUACCAAGCUUUGGUUGAAAAAUUAUUAGAAGAUUAUCUUAAAGAAGUUGGAAUUAAUGAAGAGAAAUUUCAAGAAGCUUUUUCAUCUCCUCUUGCAAGGACACACACUUCACAGGCCAUUUUGCAAACAGUGUUGGCAGCAGAAGAUUUUAGACUAUUUAAAACAAUGAUGGUACAGAAAAAUAUUGAAAUGCAAUUGCAAGCAAUUAGAAUAAUUAAAGAAAGAAAUGGUGUGUUGCCUGAAUGUUUGACAGAGGGUACUGAUGUAUUCAGUGAAAUUGAACAAGAAGAAAUGAAAAUACUGAGGGAGGUGCUCAGGAAAUCAAAGGAGGAAUAUGACAUUGAGCAGGAAAGGAAAAGGACUAAUGAAGCACGUGAUAAACUUAAAUCAUCAGAUGUAACCCACAGUUUUCCAGGAAAUUCAAGAGAAGCUGUAAAAGUAAAGGCAUCCUCUGAGGGAGCUGGUGGUUCUGAAGAAACUCCAAAAGUUUCAUUAGAGGCAUCUCAGAAAGCUGUGAGAGAUGACUUAAAACCAGUACGCCCAUCACCAAAAGGAACAGAAACCAGCCCUCAGCCAUCUUCCACCCAAGGGAAAGAAGACAGCAAGAAAAGGUCAGCUGGAAAAUGUUCAGAGAAUGCAGCGCUGAAGUGUGGGAUGAAAGGACCUGAUUUAUCAGAACUUGAAAAACAGGAGCUAAAGCAACGAGAGGAAUACCUAAAGAAAAAACGAGACACUCUGAUGGCUACAAAGAAGGAGUCAAGAAACAACGUCCUGUUACCAGCAAACACUGACCAGAAGGUAGAGGAAUCAUCUCCAAAAGAGGAAAUGUCAGAAGAGAAGCAAAGAUUGCUACAGAAGAGGAAAAUGCUUGCAGAAAAACUAAAAGAAGAAGUUAUCAAUAAGCGGUAA